UUAGAAUCACCCAUUCUACCGAUUGCCCGAACAACUUCAAUGUUCCAAACUUCCUAAAUUGCUUGUUAGCGAACAUUUAUCGUGAGCUUGAACUGUCGCAUAUCCUCAAUUGACAGCACCAAUCAUCAUGAACACCCUCCGUGUCGCUCGCGCAGCCCUUAGGGCUCGUCCCGCAGCCAUCCGGCUUCCCAUUCAGCCCCUUCAGCGCAGGUCAUACGCUGAUGCCGCCGCUGAAAAGAUCAAGCUAAGCUUGGCCCUCCCUCACCAGUCUAUAUACACGUCCCAAGAUGUCGUCCAAGUCAACAUUCCCGCCGAGUCAGGAGAGAUGGGUGUCCUUGCCAACCACGUACCAUCGAUCGAGCAAUUGAAGCCGGGUUUAAUUGAAAUCGUUGAGGAUACCGGCAGCAGCAAGCAAUUUUUCCUCUCAGGUGGCUUCGCCGUUGUACAGCCCAACUCGGUUCUGAGCAUCAACGCGGUCGAAGGUUACCCUCUUGAGGAUUUCAGCGCAGAUGCCGUCAAGGCCCAAAUCGCCGAAGCAACAAAGGUCGCAAACGGCAGUGGAAGUGAGCAGGACAUCGCAGAAGCAAAGAUUGAGUUAGAGGUUUUGGAGAGCUUGCAAGCCGUCCUCAAAUAGAUUAUUCUUUAAAAGAGGGGAGGGCUCUAAUGCCACCUUGUACAUCACAGACUUGUUCCUUCCUAUAAAGCCGGCUGAUCAGCACGAAUUGAACAUGAUUUAGACCUACACGUUGACUUUAUGCUUUCCGAUUCCGUCGCUUCUAGAUUAGUAUGUGCUUGCCUCAUCCCUAGCAGUGGCCUAUCUCUGGUUCCUACUUCUCUAUAGCCUAGGUACUACGGAUAUAUGAGUACUUCUUUAAAGAAAUUUAAACUUGACCACUUCA